GCCAAGGGCUCCCUGCUUAGCGCAGACGACAUGGCCGAGAGCUCCCCGCCGCCAUCCUCGCCUGCUGCAGCCCCGGCCGCUGAGCCAGGAGUCACGGAGCAGCCAGGGCCCCGCAGCCCCGCUCCUUCCCCUCCCGGCCCGGAGGAGCCCCUGGAUGGAGCCGGUCCGGACGUCCCGCACCCGGACCUGGCGCCUGUUGCCUUCUUCUGCCUGCGACAGACCACCAGCCCGCGGAACUGGUGCAUCAAGAUGGUGUGUAACCCGUGGUUUGAAUGUGUCAGCAUGCUGGUGAUCCUACUGAACUGCGUGACACUGGGCAUGUACCAGCCGUGCGACGACAUGGACUGCCUGUCUGACCGCUGCAAGAUCCUGCAGGUCUUUGAUGACUUCAUCUUUGUCUUCUUUGCCAUGGAGAUGGUGCUCAAGAUGGUGGCCCUGGGCAUUUUUGGCAAGAAGUGCUACCUUGGGGACACAUGGAACCGACUGGAUUUCUUCAUUGUCAUGGCGGGGAUGGUCGAGUACUCCCUGGACCUUCAGAACAUCAACCUGUCAGCCAUCCGUACUGUGCGUGUCCUGAGGCCCCUCAAAGCCAUCAACCGUGUGCCCAGUAUGCGGAUCCUGGUGAACCUGCUCCUGGACACACUGCCCAUGCUGGGAAAUGUCCUCCUGCUCUGCUUCUUUGUUUUCUUCAUCUUUGGCAUCAUCGGCGUGCAGCUCUGGGCAGGCCUGCUGCGCAACCGCUGCUUCCUGGAGGAGAACUUCACCAUACAAGGGGAUGUGGCCCUGCCCCCCUACUACCAGCCAGAGGAGGACGACGAGAUGCCCUUCAUCUGCUCCCUGUCGGGGGACAAUGGCAUCAUGGGUUGCCACGAGAUCCCCCCGCUUAAGGAGCAGGGCCGUGAGUGCUGCCUGUCCAAGGACGAUGUCUAUGACUUCGGGGCGGGGCGCCAGGACCUCAACGCCAGCGGGCUCUGCGUCAACUGGAACCGCUACUACAAUGUGUGCCGCACAGGCAGCGCCAACCCCCACAAGGGCGCCAUCAACUUUGACAACAUCGGCUAUGCCUGGAUCGUCAUUUUCCAGGUGAUUACUCUGGAAGGCUGGGUGGAGAUCAUGUACUACGUGAUGGAUGCUCACUCCUUCUACAACUUCAUCUAUUUUAUCCUGCUUAUCAUAGUGGGCUCCUUCUUCAUGAUCAACCUGUGCCUCGUUGUCAUAGCGACCCAGUUCUCGGAGACCAAGCAGCGGGAGCACCGGCUGAUGCUGGAGCAGCGGCAGCGUUACCUGUCUUCCAGCACCGUGGCCAGCUAUGCCGAGCCUGGCGACUGCUACGAGGAGAUCUUCCAGUACGUCUGCCACAUCCUGCGCAAGGCCAAGCGCCGGGCCCUGGGCCUCUACCAGGCCCUGCAGAGCCGGCGCCAGGCCCCGGACCCGGGCACACCCAGCUCCGCCAAGCCCGGGCCCCACGCCAAGGAGCCCAGGCACUACAAGCUGUGCCCCCGACACAGCCCCCUGGACCCGACGCCCCACGCUCUGGUGCAGCCCAUCUCUGCCAUGCUGGCCUCGGACCCUGCCAGCUGCCCCCGCUCGCAGCACGAGGCGGGCCGGUGGCCCUCGGGCCUGGGCAGCAGCGACUCGGGCCAGGAGGGCUCGGGCUCUGGGGGCUCGGGUGGCGGCGAGGAUGAAGCUGACGGAGACAGGGCCCGGAGCAGUGAGGACGGGACCUCCUCGGACCUGGGGAAGGAGGACGAGGAGGAGCAGGCGGACGGGGCUGCCGGGCUGUGCGGAGACGUGUGGCGGGAGACGCGAGCCAAGCUGCGGGGCAUCGUGGACAGCAAGUACUUCAACCGGGGCAUCAUGAUGGCCAUCCUGGUCAACACCGUCAGCAUGGGCAUCGAGCACCACCAGCAGCCCGAGGAGCUGACCAACAUCCUGGAGAUCUGCAACGUGGUCUUCACCAGCAUGUUUGCCCUGGAGAUGCUCCUGAAGCUGGCUGCCUUCGGGCUUUUCGACUACCUGCGCAACCCUUACAACAUCUUUGACAGCAUCAUUGUCAUCAUCAGCAUCUGGGAGAUUGUGGGGCAGGCGGAUGGUGGGCUGUCCGUGCUGCGGACCUUCCGGCUGCUGCGGGUGCUGAAGCUGGUGCGCUUCAUGCCCGCGCUGCGGCGCCAGCUCGUGGUGCUCAUGAAGACCAUGGACAAUGUGGCCACCUUCUGCAUGCUUCUCAUGCUCUUCAUCUUCAUCUUCAGCAUCCUCGGGAUGCACAUCUUUGGCUGCAAAUUCAGCCUUCGCACGGACACGGGAGACACGGUCCCUGACCGGAAGAACUUUGACUCCCUGCUGUGGGCCAUCGUCACAGUGUUCCAGAUCCUCACCCAGGAGGACUGGAACGUCGUCCUCUACAAUGGCAUGGCCUCCACCUCCCCCUGGGCCUCCCUCUACUUUGUUGCCCUCAUGACCUUUGGCAACUAUGUGCUCUUCAACCUGCUGGUGGCCAUCCUGGUGGAGGGCUUCCAGGCAGAGGGCGACGCCAAUCGCUCGUACUCGGACGAGGACCAGAGUUCAUCCAACAUGGAGGAGUUUGACAAGCUCCAAGAGGGCCUGGACGGCGGCGGAGAUCCCAAGCUCUGCCCAGUCCCCAUGACUCCCAAUGGGCACCUGGACCCCAAUCUCCCCCUGGGUGGACAUCUGGCUGCAGCAUCUGCCCCUCGCUUCUCAGUGCAGCCAGACCCCGUGCUAAUGGCCCUGGACUCACGCAAGAGCAGUGUCAUGUCACUGGGGAGGGUGAGCUACGACCAGCGCUCCCUGUCCAGCUCUCGGAGCUCCUACUACCGGGAAGAGGGGCCGCCGCGGGCCGCGCCCCUCCACGUCCCGCACGCGCACCACGCGCAUCAUGGUCCCCAUCCGGCGCACCGUCACCGCCACCACCGCCGGACGCUGUCCCUUGACACCAGAGACUCGGUGGACCUGGCCGAGCUGGUACCCACCGUGGGCACACACCCCCGGGCGGCUUGGAGGGCUGCAGGCCCGGCCCCCGGGCACGAGGACUGCAAUGGGAGGAUGCCCGGCAUCGCCAAGGAUGUCUUCACCAAGAUGGACGACCGCCGGGAUCGCGGGGAGGAUGAGGAGGAGAUGGACUACACUCUGUGCUUCCGUGUCCGCAAGAUGAUUGACGUCUACAAGCCUGACUGGUGCGAAGUCCGUGAAGACUGGUCUGUCUACCUCUUCUCCCCGGAGAACAGGUUCCGGGUCCUGUGUCAGACCAUCAUCGCCCACAGGCUCUUUGACUACGUUGUCUUGGCCUUCAUCUUCCUCAAUUGCAUUACCAUUGCCCUGGAGCGGCCCCAGAUUGAGGCCGGCAGCACUGAACGCAUCUUCCUCACUGUGUCCAACUACAUCUUCACAGCCAUCUUCGUGGGCGAGAUGACACUAAAGGUGGUCUCACUGGGCCUGUACUUCGGGGAGCAGGCGUACUUGCGCAGCAGCUGGAAUGUGCUGGAUGGCUUCCUCGUCUUCGUGUCAAUCAUUGACAUCGUGGUGUCAGUCGCCUCGGCUGGGGGAGCCAAGAUCUUGGGGGUCCUCCGAGUCCUGCGGCUCCUGCGCACCCUACGACCUCUGCGUGUCAUCAGCCGGGCACCUGGCCUGAAGCUGGUGGUAGAGACACUCAUCUCCUCCCUCAAGCCCAUCGGCAACAUCGUCCUCAUUUGCUGUGCCUUCUUCAUUAUCUUUGGCAUUUUGGGGGUGCAGCUCUUCAAGGGCAAGUUCUACCACUGUCUGGGUGUAGACACCCGCAACAUCACCAACCGUUCCGACUGCGUGGCUGCCAACUACCGCUGGGUCCAUCACAAGUACAACUUCGACAAUCUGGGCCAGGCCCUGAUGUCCCUCUUUGUCCUGGCCUCCAAGGAUGGCUGGGUGAACAUCAUGUACAAUGGACUGGAUGCUGUCGCUGUGGACCAGCAGCCCGUGCCCAACCACAACCCCUGGAUGCUGCUCUACUUCAUCUCCUUCCUGCUCAUCGUCAGCUUCUUUGUGCUCAACAUGUUCGUGGGCGUCGUGGUGGAGAACUUCCACAAGUGCCGGCAGCACCAGGAGGCGGAGGAGGCGCGGCGGCGCGAGGAGAAGCGGCUGCGGCGCCUGGAGAAGAAGCGCCGGAAGGCCCAGCGGCUGCCCUACUAUGCCACCUACUGUCCCACUCGGCUGCUCAUCCACUCCAUGUGCACCAGCCACUACCUGGACAUCUUCAUCACCUUCAUCAUCUGCCUCAAUGUGGUCACCAUGUCCCUGGAGCACUACAACCAGCCCACGUCCCUGGAGACAGCCCUCAAGUACUGCAACUACAUGUUCACCACUGUCUUUGUGCUGGAGGCUGUGAUGAAGCUGGUGGCGUUUGGUCUGAGGCGCUUCUUCAAGGACCGUUGGAACCAGCUGGACCUGGCCAUCGUGCUGCUGUCGGUCAUGGGCAUCACGCUGGAGGAGAUCGAGAUCAACGCAGCACUGCCCAUCAACCCCACCAUCAUCCGCAUCAUGCGGGUCCUGCGCAUUGCCCGGGUGCUGAAGCUGCUGAAGAUGGCCACGGGGAUGCGGGCCCUGCUGGACACCGUGGUGCAGGCGCUGCCCCAGGUGGGCAACCUGGGCCUCCUCUUCAUGCUGCUUUUCUUCAUCUAUGCUGCCCUGGGCGUGGAGCUGUUCGGGAAGCUGGUCUGCAACGAUGAGAACCCCUGCGAGGGCAUGAGCCGGCACGCCACCUUUGAGAACUUCGGCAUGGCCUUCCUCACGCUCUUCCAGGUCUCCACCGGUGACAACUGGAAUGGGAUCAUGAAGGACACGCUGCGGGACUGCACCCACGACGAGCGCAGCUGCCUGAGCAGCCUGCAGUUCGUGUCGCCACUGUACUUCGUCAGCUUCGUGCUCACGGCCCAGUUCGUGCUCAUCAACGUGGUGGUGGCCGUGCUCAUGAAGCACCUGGACGACAGCAACAAGGAGGCCCAGGAGGACGCCGAGAUGGAUGGCCGCCUGUGCCGACGCUGCUAUUCUCCAGCCCAGGAGAACCUGUGGCUGGACAGCGUCUCUUUAAUCAUCAAGGACUCCUUGGAGGGGGAGCUGACCAUCAUUGACAACCUGUCUGGCUCCAUCUUCCACCACUAUUCCUCGCCGGCCGGCUGCGAGAAGUGUCACCAUGACAAGCAAGAGGUGCAGCUGGCAGAGACGGAGGCCUUCUCCCUGAAUUCAGACAAGUCCUCGUCCAUCCUACUGGGUGACGACCUGAGUCUAGAGGACCCCGCAGCCUGCCAGCUUGGCCCCAGAGACAGCAAGGGUGAGCCAGACCCACCUGAGCCCAUGCGUGUAGGGGACCUCGGUGAAUGCUUCUUCCCCUUGUCCAACAUGGCUGUCUCGUCAAGUCCGGAGAACUUCCUGUGCGAGAUGGAGGCGAUGCCGUUCAACCCCGUCCGGUCCUGGCUGAAACAUGAGAGCAGCCAAGCGCCCCAGAGCCCCUUCUCCACGGAUGCUUCCAGCCCGCUCCUGCCCAUGCCAGCCGAGUUCUUCCACCCUGCUGUGGCUGCCAGCCAGAAAGGGCAGGAGAAAGGCGCUGGUGCCGGGACCCUCCCCAAGAUCGCCCUGCAGGGCUCCUGGGCAUCCCUGCGGUCGCCCAGCGUCAACUGCACCCUCCUCCGGCAGGCCACAGGGAGCGACAUGUCGCUGGAGGCCAGCCGCAGCAGCUCUGCAGGCAGCCUGCAGACCACCACCCGGGUCCAGCCGGAGGGACGAGAGGUGGGACUGGGGGGCCUGGGCGCAGAGGGACGGCUGCUGGUUGAGCACGUCCAGUGCGGCCCUUCACCUGCAGCUCAGCCUGGUGAAGUGGGGAUUCUUAUUCCCACUUCUGUGGACAAGGAGAUGGAGGCUCAGAGAGAUGAGUGA